AUGGGGAGGGAGGGCGUGAAGGAGAGGGUGUUGGAGUUGAUGGAGCCGGAGGUGAGGAGGUUCAGGGAGUUUAUGGAGUUUCAGAGGAGGUCUGUGGAUUUGUUUGUGGGGGUGGUGAAGGAGUUUGCGGGAAAGUUGAAGGAGUUGCCGCCGAGCGACGAGUUGAGUUUGUGCAUGAUAAGGUUGGUUGACUUGCUGAUGUUGUUGGACGCGUUGAAGAACAUCAAGGCGUCGAUGAACAACGAUUAUUCGUAUUACAAGAGGGUGAGCGGGGCGUUGAGUCGGGGGCCGGAGGUGGAGGGGGAGGAGUCGAGGGUGGAGAGCAAGAACGAGUUGGGGUUUUUUUUGGCGACGAGGCACAGCAUUAUGAUGUUGGCGAAGCAGGAGUUGUUGAAGUUGGCGAGUCGGUCGAGUUACCAGAGGUUGUUGGCGUACUUUGCGCACAGGUCGGCGGAUUGGUUUGAGGGGGGUCGAUACGUGACGCCGGGGGAGAGGUUUCAGUUGUUGCGCGCGAUUCCGUGUUUUUUGUACUUGAUGGACAUAGACAAGGGUCGGGGGAGCAUGGGGAGCGUGAAGAAGGUGAGGUUGGAUCGGUUCGUGCAGUUGUUUCACGCGUACCCGAUUGUGCCGUUGUAUGGGGACAUGCAGAUGGUGGUGUGGAGCGUGUUGGAGCAGGCGCCGAGUUACGCGAGGGAGGUGUGGAGGUUGGACGAGGGGUCGCUGGAGAGGUUUUGGAGCGAGCACAGCGUGUUGAGUUCGAUAGAGUCGAUUAGAAGGGUGUACCAGGAGUACCACGUGUUGUUGGUGUCGACGAUAGAGAACGUGAGGGAGUAUUUUGAGGUGUACCCGGAGGUGUCGGUGACGGAGACGGACAGGUUGCUGGCGUCCCAGGUGUACGACGUGGUGUUGAGGGGGAUGAGGUUGCUGAGCGAGUGGACGGCGAAGAUUUUGUGGCAGUCGGCGUGGAAGUACGCGCACCCGAACAGGGAGGGGGGGGACGAGAAGACGACGGAGUACGAGAGGGCGGUUCGGUACAACUACACGCCUGAGGAGAAGGAGGCGUUGAUAGAGUUGGUGUCGAUAUUGAAGAGUUUGGAGUCGAUAAUGGUGUGCGCGAGUUCGAAGUUGUCGUUGAUGUUGCAGUCGUCGGCGUAUUUCCAGGUGAGGGCGUUUUUGCACCAGAGGUUGCUGGAGAUGGUGGGGAGAGUGGCGAAGAGGAGGAGCAGGCACCCGCAGACGCACGCCGGCAUGCAGCUGUUGCUGAGGUUGUUGUCGGCGAGGGAUCCGAGGAGGGAGUGGGAGGGUCACGGCCAGAGAGCCGGGAGCGUGGAGGAGGCGGUGCCGUGUCCGGGGGCGUUGUCGGGGACGAGGUUGGAGUUGGUGAGGGUGGUGUUGUCGCACAUUCUGCACAGGCCCAGGAAGUACAGGAUUUUGGAGGAGAAGGAUUUGUCGGAGUCGGAGCUGAGGUCGCUGGAGUCGUUCAACCACCAGUUGUUUUUGCAGGCUUAUUUGGUGCGGUACGAUUCGUGCAUGCGCGCGAUAACCGAUUUGGGGGAGUUGUGGUACAGGGAGUUCUACUUGGAGCUGAGCAACCGGGUUCAGUUCGAGAUAGAGUCCUCGCUGGCGUGGAACCUGAUCGACCACGUGUUGGAGGUGUCGCCGUCGAGGAUGGGGUCGAUCGUGCACUUGCUGAACCUGUACGACUGCGCGGCGUACAGGGCGCUGCACGUGAUCAACCAGAGGUUUUUGUUCGACGAGAUUGCGUCGGAGGUGAACUUGGCGUUCGACCAGCUCGUGUACAAGCUGUCUUUGUGCAAUUUCGGCCACUACAAGGCCAAGGCGGCGCUGUUUUUGGUGGACAGGGAGUACUUGGACAAGUCGUUGUCGGCGUGCGCCGUGGAGAAGGACAGAGUCCAGCUGUGCGACAGCGUUUUCGAGCCGCUCUACGAGCAGCGAGCGGUGCGGCUCUUGGGGCGCUCGCUGGACUUGAACCAGCUGAUCGCGGAGCGCACCAACCGGAUGCUGCUGGACAACCUCGACUACGUCAUAUCGGUGUUUGAGGCGAGCCCGAUAACCUCGAUCGUCGAGUUCGAGCACCUCUUCGAGAACGUCAGGCUGACGCACCAAUUCAUGUCGGCCGCCGGACUCCAGCUGGACGAGUGGGACGACCUGGUGUCGCAGGUGGAUUCCAGGCACUCGCUGGAUUCCGCGCACGGGAGAAUCUUCCUGCACAUCAUCUUCGAGCUCGUCGCGGACCUCAUGCCCAACUACGUCUUCAACUCGUGUCUCAGUCGCUUCGUCGCGGGACCCGUCUUCAGGCGCCAAGAGGAGGUGCCCAGGGGCUCGAAGCCACCGGUCAAGCACGUCUUCCUCCACGGGAGUCGCGCUCUCAACAGCGUCUUCGACCAAAUCAGCCACCUCACCUCCCACUUCUUCGGCCCCCGACACGUCCAGAGCAUCCUCAAACUGCUCGGCAAAGACAGCGUCUCCUCUCUCAUCGACGAACUCGUCGACAACAUGAAACUCAGGCUCCUCAACGUCAUCAAGCCCCACAUCUCCGAAAUCAUCUGCGGCAUGCCCGUCAACAAAACCAGCCUCCCCAAACUCCACUACGGACUCGACGCCGCCUACGAGUACUUCCGCGCCAAAACCAAAGACAUCGCCAACUACCCCGUCCUCGUCACCGAAGUCUUCCAGCACUUCCGCGAGUGGGCUGAGUCGCUCUACUCCGUCUCGCCCAACAACCACUCCGUCUUCAAACUCGCCCUCCACCGCCUCCACCUCAUGCUCAAACCCUUCCAAGACCUCUGGGGACUCUCCGCCGGCCCCGUCGACAACCCCACCUUCCCCAUCGACCAAACCUACGAGUUCCACCGCAUCUGGAGCGCCCUCUUCUUCCUCUUCCUCAUAGACCUCCCCACCAACGAACGCUUCAACAAGUCCUCCAUCGAACUCGUCGGCGAGGGCUUCCUCUGGGCCGGAUUCUCCAUCACCUACCUCCUCGGACAACACCUCCGCUUCCUCUCCCUCGACUUCUCCCUCCACCUCUCCCACAUCUCCAAACACUCCCACUCCCCCCCUCAAGACGCCCCUCACACCCACUUCACCCUCUUCCUCCACCGACUCAACAAACUCCUCCCCACCAGCCACCGCAUCCUCUCCACCCUCCUCUCCACCUACCCCCUCCCCGUCCCCCUUCACUUCCACCGCGUCUCCUUCGUCCCCCCCCCCAGCUCGGACUCCGAACUCCACAAAAAAUUCGUGUCCUCCCUCUGA